AUGCAACCCUUCAAAGCUUUCCUUUUUACCUUCCUUCUUGGGGCUUGGGAAUAUUCCAAAAAGGGAACCCUCCACUAUAACGAACCCAAUAAUGAUGCGCAGAAGCAGUACAACAUAAGGGCCGGAAGAAGGUUGUAUGAAUAUGGCCAACUCCACAAGGAUACUGAAGGUAGUAUUACUUCCCUAACGAGCACUGACAGCAUCUUUAGCGGCAUGAACGAUGGCAAUGCUGGUAGCGUCCAAGGAGCCUUCGGUAAUGACUUUGAAAGUUCGGUAGGUACGACCCACAUGGAUGAUUUGAAAAGUGCAACAACUUCCACAAUUAGCAGCUCUAAUCUGGACGCGAACAGAGAAAGGAAAAGUCAUAGUGACAGUGAGACCAUGCCAAACAAUCCAUCCAUCACAGAGGAGCCCGUCCUAGUGGACAUUCGUGACAAUAACACUGUUAGUAGACACAACUCAGCUUCCAGUGCAAUGACCGCAGGCACACAUGUGAGUAAUGACUCCAGGAGUACCAUGGGCAGUUACAUGGAUAGUACCAUGGGCAGUUACAUGGGUAGUACCAUGAGCAACAAUUCUGCCAAUAGGCAAAGUGGUGAAAGCUUUGACACCUCAUAUGAAGAUUUAGAAUCCGUAAGAGAGGAGGGAAGGGAAGGAUGGAAGCAGGCCAAGGAAAAGGCACGAGGGGAAGAGAUUUUAGAUGAAUUUACUCACAAUAGGAGAAAAGGCGCAAGAGGGUUCAAUGGACACAUGAACAAAUACGACAUGCGAAAUAUGGAUAACGACAAUUAUGAUGUUGCCAGUGAAGAAACUUUACGUAAAAGAAUAAGGGAACUGAAUUCAGGAGAACAAGGAUCCUUUAAGGGCGUCAUAGAAGAUUCCAACAGAAGUAAAAAAUCUAGACGCACAGGACAACGUGAAAGAGAGUUCUCCGAUUAUUCGUUUAAUUACAAAUUCGAUAAAAGAGAUGAUGACUCAAAUUUUAGGCUUAACGAAGAUGAGAGACUCCUUAGAAGAAUACAAGAAAUGAAUGCAGAAGAUAGAGAAAACAUGAGAAAAACUUUGAAGAGAUUAAAGAAAAAUGGGAAAAAUACAAACUUGGAAGAUUUGGAAAAUGGAAAAAAAUCUCAUUUAGAAGGUCUCCAGAAAUAUGUAGACCUCGACUAUGAUGAGGGCAAUUUUACUUCUUCCAAUAUUUAUGGUUCAGAAUUCGAUGACGAAGAUGACACAUCCGUAUAUGUAGGAAAACGAAAAACGGAAAAGAACAGAUCCAAGGGAAGAACCAGAAAUAGCAUGACAGAACUCAGAUCAUAUAUCGAUGAAACUAUGAAUGAGGAUAAUGCCGAAAUUGCACACUUGUUAGUGAAUAAAAUUGAGAAGUACAAAAACAAAGUCUGCGCACUGAAAAAGAGAAACAUAAAGGAAGUCAACUUCAUAAGCAUGAAAUAUAAUCUCAAAUUGAAGAAGAUUCUCCUAAGCAUCCCGCUCAUUUCCCUCAUCACAAGUGUCAUCGUAGGUUUAGUCUUAUUUCAAUUCUUCGGCUUAGCAGUGAGUACUAUUUUCUUCAUUACUUUGUUCAGUUCCUUCCUUGGAACAAUUGUGUCCUAUGGAAUUAUGGGGAAAAUAAUGUUCAACUCCCCCUUCAAAGUUUUCGAUUUAAUGAGAGGGAAUAAUUGGAAGGAGAAUGAUGAUUACUCCUCAAGAAGAAGAAACAAAUUAAAGUACUGA